GUCCAAGGGAUCCAAGGCGCAGUCGAGACGAGCUGGAUGUAAACAAACGACACGUGAAACAUGUGGUUAGCAUUUGGAUCCAUUUCCUGAAAUAAAUUUUAAUUGUUUUUGUAUGUAUAUCAAGUAAAGAUGGAUAUCCAGCAAAAUGAAAGGAAGAGGGUCUUCAAUAAGAAAGAAUAUCGGCAGCAUCGAUACAAAUCAAAUUUUGGAAAUAAACAAGAAGGCCGUGGGAAGGCAUUCCUACAGAAGGAUGCAGUGGUAAGACAGUAUCAUUGGAUGCAAAAGAAGGAGGAGAAAAAGCUGAAGAAAAUAGAAAAACAAAAACAUAUUGAAGAAGGCAACUCCAAUGAUGAAGCAGAGAAAACAGAGCCAUCUACAAGCAGUCAUUUGUCAACAGUAAAUUCUGAUGAGACAGAUGUAUUUUCAGAGCUGGGGAAACCAAAGAAGAAAAAGUUGUAUAGUUUGCAGCGUGCUAAACUUGAGUAUAAGAAGAAAGUAGCAGAGAGGGAGCAACAGAAAGAAGAAGCUAUAAGAAGAAAAGAGGAAAUGCAAAUAGCAAGGAAGAAAUAUAAAGAAAAAAAGUUGCAUAGAUAUAAGAAGUUAAGCAAAAAGAAUAACAGAGGACAACCUCUCAUGAGUGGCAGAAUUGAGUUGAUGUUGGAAAAGUUAAUGGAAGAUAGGAACUCAAAAUGAUUUUUUUUUUUUUUUUUUUUUUUCAUUUCUCGUGUUUUUUUUAUUGCAUUUAAUUGUGAGAUCAUUUUACUAUGCAAAGUGCUUAUAAUGCAUGAACAUAUUUCAGUGAACACAACCUUAGAAUGAAUUAAUAGAAAAGAAUCAGUUUGUAUAGGGGUUUAUUCUAACACAGGUAUUAGUGCAUGAAUCAAGUUGCAUGGAUAUUUUUACAUGGCUAGAUUUGGUGGUAGAAUCUGAGCCUAUAAUGAUGUGCAUUCAGGUAAAAAAAAAAACAUUAUUUGGUCCCUCUCUUUUCUUUACAAUUCAUAAUUUGAUGAUUUUGAACUUGAUACAAAAAUUCACAUUUGUUUUCAGUCAUCCAGAAAGUAUUAUAGAGGCUUUAUAUAUUCUUACUUGGGUGUACUUUUACCUUAAUCAAUGUUUAUGCAAUUAGGAUAGAAUGAAUAUUGUUAUUUUGAUUUUAUUAUUGAUGUAAAAUAAAAAAGAAUGCUUGGAAUAAUUCUCAAUCUUCCAGUAUGACAGUUCUUCCUUUCAUACAUUGAUAAGUAAAGAACAAAAAAAUGCAGUUAAGUAGCCCUAUUCCUCCUCCUUGAAUGCAGAUUGUUGUGCAAGAGUAAAGUUGGGGAUUCAGGAAUAAGAAAAAGGGAUGAAAUCACUGAAAAUCUUCAUUCCUGAGUUAUUUGGAUUAAUUCUUUUCAAAAGUAAAUCUGGAAAAAAGGAAAUGAACCAUGAAAGGCAAUACAAAUGGAAACAUAACUUUUGGAGCAUAAUGUUGUUUUAAUUUUAUAGCAUUAAAUUGUUUUCACUUUAUUUCAAUUAAUUUCACAUUAAUUUUGUUAUAUUAACUGUAAACACUAUGGGAAAUAGAUAAUUAAUUAUUUAUUACUUUUUCAAGUUCAAGAUAUUUAGGUGUUCAUGCAGUUGAUAACAGGAAUAAUUUUUCCAAACAAGCAAAGUUUGUGCAUGAGGAUAUGGUGUUUUGAAUAUUUAGUAUAAGGUUCCCAACCUUACUGGCCAUGGGAUACUGUGUGUGGGGCUAUGAAGUAAUUUGAUUUAUUUCCAUGCAUUUUUUUUUUCAAUGGCCUGUAGUAUAUAGGUAUAUUAUCUGUCCCAUACCAUUGAAUAAAAAUAAAUCUGUGUAGUGCUAAAGCUGUUAGUGAAAAAAUUACAUUGUGGGGGGCCAUGGAGAUUAUUAUAUAUUGGUCAGAGACCAAAGAAAAGAAGAGAGAUUGGUAACUUUCACAUGGAAAGAAAAACUUACAAAGUCCAUUUGACAAUGUACUAUUGUGUAUUAAAAUAUGUGACUGCCAA